AUGUUCAAUAUUGAAGACUCGCAACAGUNNACUCCCCGCCACCACAAUUACACAGUCAUGCUGGAAGAACAAGUGCAGCAAUUCCUGACUUAUGCUCAACCAGCACUUUCCAAGUUCGUUGAUCCGUCAAGGACGUUGGUCGCCUUCUGGAUUGGUAUCAACGAUAUCAACGACAGUGCCAAGUAUGCUGUCGACUUUCCGGACUUGUACGACAAGCUUAUCACCACACUCUUUGAAUCUGUACAGAGUGUCUAUGAUGCCGGAUACCGCAACUUCCUCUUCAUGAACCUGCCUCCUUUGGAUCGCACACCAGGCAACGUCCUCAAAUCUGCCCCUCUUCCCAACACCACAAUGAUAAACUGGUGGGACGACUCACUCACUUCACAUAUCCAAGUCUUCAAUAAACAAAAUCCAUCAGCCAAUGCUCUUGGCUUCGACGUCAACAGUUUCCUAAAUGGUGUUUUGGACCAUCCUGACAAAUACGGGAUCCAGAACGUCACAGGCUAUUGUGCGAGUUAUGAUCAACCCUAUAUCGAUACCGACCCCGAGAGCUAUGGUUGUCUGCCUUUGGACGAGUAUGCGUGGUUUAACAAUGGGCAUAUGACUUAUCAUGUUCAUGAGAUCUUGGCCGAGGAGGUGAAGCAGUUUCUCAAGAAGCAGUAG